UAUGAAAGAACCUUAUUUAGGCAUGGAGACCUAGAUCCCAAGGGUCGUCGUACCACAAAGCAUAGAUUCUAAGCACGUUUUCUCUUGCAAUCUCAUUGCACCAAGGCCUGCCUUCCCAGGCCACUCGCAGAGUUGUGUUACAAACGCAGUCAUCGCUUAUCGUGACAUGCUACACUCAAUUGCAUGACAUUUAUCGGGUUUAAGUGACCAAGUCUCCGCUCAAGCACUCUGGAAAGCAUAGUGGUAUUGUGCAAUCGUGGGGUCCACAGUAAGCGCAACUAAUACACACAGCUCUAUCCUGCCGCUCGACCGGCCCUAGCCGGCCCUGCAUACGAUCAUAUCUACUUGCCAGGUAGGUAGUCAGUCAAUACCUCGGUCAUAAUCAAGCUGUGUUUCUUCCCUCUGGCUUUAGUCACGUGCAGCCCGUGAACGACGGCUCAAGACAUUGGAGUCUUCUCAUUGCAGUUCCUGCAUGCAUGGGCACACGCAACGACACUUACGCUCUCAACUCGCCAAGAUGAGCUUCAACACGAGUAGUUUGGGGCCGCAGGCCGAAGGAACACAGGACGGUUCGCCUCCUCAUCCUCGCGAAAUCGUUCUCGGCUGCCGCAAAUCGGAACUGGCACUCAUUCAAGCCCGGACCAUCGCAUCCAAGCUCAGCAAAACGCAUGACCCUUCUUCUUCUUCUUCUUCUUCUUCUUCCUCCCCAACGACAUUCAGCGUCGCCACCAGCAGCGUCGCCGGCGACGCCGACAAGCACACGCCCUUCGCGCUCCUGUCCAAGCAGACGGGCGGCUCGGACGUCGGCAAGAGCCUAUGGACCAACGGCCUGGAGGCCGACAUGCUGGCGGGCAAGUUCCACCUCCUCGUACACUGCCUCAAGGACAUGCCGACGACCCUGCCGCCGCACUGCUUCCUAGCGGCGAUCCCCAAGCGCGAGGACCCGCGCGAUGCCGUCGUCAUGAGGUCCGGCUCCGCGUUCACGUCCAUCGAUCAGCUACCGCCCGGCUCUGUAGUCGGGUCGAGCUCGUCCCGCAGGCGGGCCCUAAUUCGGCGAAACUGGCCUCAUCUCGAAGUGGCAGAAUGUCGAGGCAAUCUAGAUACUCGGCUUGCCAAGCUCGACGCCCCGUCUUCGCCCUUUUCGUGCAUCCUCCUGGCCACCGCUGGACUGCUGCGCCUGGGGCUCGGCCACCGCAUCACGCAGCGUCUUGACCCCAGCGUGUUCCCAUACGCGGUUGGGCAGGGCGCGCUCGGCAUCGAGAUGCCCGCAGAGCGUCAAGAAGUGCUGCUGCUGGAUCUCGUCCGUCACGCCGACCACAAGCCCUCCAGAUGGCUCGGCAUGGCGGAGAGGGCGAUGCUCCGGAGCCUGCAAGGGGGCUGCUCGUCUCCGAUCGGUGUUUGGUCUUCUCUUGAGCCUUUCGAGGAGGAGAGUGGGCCGGGGAGCACACGACAACAGGCCUGCGAGGGUGGUGGCAUUCUUCGCUUGCGAGCCACAGUUCUUCAUGUUGAUGGAGCGUCGGAAAUUUAUGCCGAAAACUCAGGCAGCGUCCUGUGCGAUGGCGACGCAGAGCAACUGGGUAUCUCGGUCGCAAAACUGCUUCUCGAUAAGGGAGCCCGAGCUCUGUUGGCAAAGCAUGAAUGAUGUGGUAUAGUUGGUAACGAAGGGCCCCCCUCGAAAUUUUGUGCCAUUCAUGCUUGGGCCGUAGUCAAAGGGUUCUUCUAGGGCAUCAUAACUCGAUACAUCAUAAGCAGACUUCCUGCCUAUCUCUGA